AUGACAGAAAAAAUUUUAGAAUUGAUAGAUUUUAGUCAAACAAGUUUUUGGAUUUCUUUUGCUUCAAUUUUAUUUAAUCCCAUUUUUUGGAACUCGAUGGCAAGAAAAGCGGGUGGGAAUCCUUAUAUUGGUUGUUAUAGAUUGGCCACUACUAUUUUCUCGCUUGGUCUUUUAAGAGAUUAUUUAUAUCAUCGGGCAAUUGAACAUCAACCAACUUUACCAGAACUUAACAACUAUCAAGUAAAAUUAUCGGGAGCAAUAUUAUUUGGUUCUGGAAUGCUUUUUGUAAUAUCAUCGACUUAUAUGUUAGGAAUUACUGGAACAUUUCUUGGUGAUUAUUUUGGCAUAUUGAUGAAUGAAAGAGUCACUUCAUUUCCUUUCAACGUUCUUGAACAUCCAAUGUAUUAUGGUUCUACAAUGAGUUUUUUAGGAACUGCUUUAUGGUAUGCAAGUCCAGCUGGGAUUCUUUUAUCAGCUUUGACUUUUGUUGUUUACUUGGUUGCAAUUCAAUAUGAAGGGCAAGUUUAA